AUGCAUGCGACUCCGGACCGCUUGGACGAGGCCGAUGUGCAUUUUGGCGGCAUCUCCCACGGCGUGUUCAGUGACGACGUCAAGUACAACGGAACGGCGGUGCCCAACAUCACAGUGCAGAUCUAUGACGCUGACACGUCGGCCGUGAUUGUGAGCAAGACGGCGCUCGCCAUCUCGGAAGCCGGGACCAAUGACAUCUACAGCAUUGUACUGACAACCGAGCCGUGGGCCAGAGUCACCAUCACAGCGCUUUCCAACGGCACCGACAACCUUGGGAACCAAGUAGUGGUCUCUGCGCCGCUCGUCUUUACGUGGCUCAACUGGAAUGUGACACAACUGAUCACGAUAUCUCCGAUCCACGACCACCGCGUGAACCGAGCGCCGCAUACAACGCUGCUGCGUCACAUGAUCACGACCAACGAUCUAAUAUACCGCAAUCGCACCGUGGCGAACGUCACGACGACGAUCACGGACAUUGACGUGGCAGGCGUUGAGCUCUCGUCGCCUACGAUCUUUGGUGCGGAAGGCAACACCACUCCGAUUACAUAUGGCGUUCGGCUCACCUCCAAGCCGUGGUUCCCCGUGCUCAUCACGUUCAAUGGUUCGCACAGCGGAUGCGCCUUUGGCGUCUGCAACAUCACCGUCGUCACGCCCUCCAUUGCGUUUGACGGCUCCAAUUGGUCGUCGUGGCAAAACGUCUCUGUCAUUGUCACGGACGAUUUCUUUGACGAAGGCGGCGUGCACGCGGCUAACAUCUCGCACGCGCUCACGUCACUCGAUAACGUGUACGCAGCGGUGCGGCCGCCACUGCUGACGGUGUGGAUCACGGACAACGACGUUUCGGGGCUCGCGCUCUCGUCGACCAAGAACCUAACAGUGGCGCAAGGCAGCUUUAACGCGACAGUAUCCCUCCAGCUUUCCAGUGCGCCGUGGAGCAACGUGACCGUGCUGCUACAGAUCCCGGCGGAAACAUUCUUGCCCCGGGGCUCCUUUACGGGCGCAACGGUCUCGGAGCCGCUCAUCUUUGCAAGCAAUCCUCUAAGCCAGACGGUCGCGGCGCUCACGUUUUCAGUCGCCAACUGGAAUGUGUCCCAGACGGUCGUGCUCGCCGCGGUGCAGACAGGGUCGCCAAAGCCGCUCACCAUGUACACGUCGCUCGUGAGUCAAGCGACAUCUCUGGAUCUGCGGUACAACGCGUCGGCGCCUGCACCGUUGUACAUUACGGUGCUCGGAAAGGAGGACGUGCCGCCGCCGGUCCCCGUCGCUGCGACCUUUGAUGCGACCGGCGUCAAAAUUCUCGUCACCUUUGACAGCAGCGUGUACCAGAACGCGACCAUGGCCGUGGAUCAAAGUCAGCCGAUAACCAACAUUGCUGGACGCUACGUGCUACCGAGUCGACCGUUCGGGUGCGACCUCAUCUGGAACUUGACAGCCGACACCUCGUACAGCCUUGGCGCUGGCGCCAACUGUCUCUGGCUCAACCUCACGACGCUGCAAAUGGUGCUGGGCACGGGGGCGUCGAUUGCACCGGGCAACGUGCUCCAGCUGAACGGGUGCGGCUCGCAAUACGUCUCGACAGCAGGCGCUUGCACGUCGCCGUUCGUUCUCAAGUCGCGCGACUUUAACGUCUUGUACACGACAGCGUCCAUUGCUGUCGCGCUCGGCCCGAUUGUCGUGCCUCAGAUUGUCCUCGUCGGACCCAAAUCCAUCGGGCCCUGUGGCGUUCUCUCGCUCGAUGCGACCGGAUCGUCUGGGGGCGCCAACCGGCCGUUUGUUAUCCAGUGGUUUGCGAUGCUCACCAGUGCACUUGAUCCCGCGAUCAGCAGCACCAACGCCUCCGCCGUGCGCCAGCAAACGCUGCAAAUCUAUUCCAACAUUGCGCCGUAUUGUACGACGAACGCGACGCUUUCCACCAACCCGUUUGGGUCUGUCGCGGACCUCGACGCCAUGUGCCGCCUGCGCGCGUUGGCACUAGCGUCGACGUCGCUGACGUGGCAAAUCAAUCGAUCGAUCUUGCUCGCGGGCCGCAACUAUGUGAUUGGUGUCCGCUUGACCAACUUUUUCCAGCAGGCAGGGCUCGCGUCACACGUCGUCGCGACACUGAGCGACCCAGUUCCCGUGGUCUCGAUCGUCGGCCCCAGUGCCAUGAGCGUGCAGCGAACACAAGCCAUCUCAAUUCAGGCAGCCAUCGCGCCAACGACGUCGGGGUGCACGGCAGCCACAAGCGCCGUGAACUACGUGUGGACGGCGACCGCUGUCGACGCAAGCACCAACGCUACCGUGGCGGUCAGCCUCGUCAACACGGCAGUGGACCCGCGCUACUUUGUGUUGCCGCCGAAUGUCUUGUCCACCAACUUGAACUACACGCUGCGGAUAUCUGCGUUUUAUGCGUCGGCGCCGUCCGUCUCGAGCGCCGACGUUGUCGUCGUUAGUGUGGUCGCGAGUCCGCUCAUCGCGCAGUUUGCCGGUGGAAGCCAUGUUGUUGGCGCCCUCGACGCCAUUACGCUCAAUGCUUCGGCGUCAUACGAUCCCGACCAAGUUGACCGGGUGUUGCAGUAUGCGUGGAGCUGUGUCGACGUCACGCCCGUGCUCAACACGACGACAAAUCUAACCUCGUCGACCGGUGGAGUGUGCUGGAAUCCGAUGACGAACACGGUCAUCAACUUCUCCAGCGGUAAUGGGCCCGUCGUGACGUUGCCACCGGGAUCGUUUGACGCGCCCAAGACACUGCGCUUCGCCGUCGUCGUCACUUCGACGUGCAACGUAUCGGUGGCGUGCGUUGGCCGGUCCGCGACCGCAAGGACGGACAUCACGACCGUCUCAGGACGCAUUCCUGUCGUUCGCAUCAGUGCAUCGUCGACCCAAGUCAACCCGACGUCCAAGGUGGUGCUCACACCCAACAUCUCUUCGUUGUACCCGUAUACGACGCGUUGGAGCCAAGAUGUGGGCGACUUGAACCUCUCGGACGGCGGGCUCCUCUUUCCGCUCAACGCGACGCAAAAUGCGAUCGCGCCAAGCGUGCUAACACCGGGCAAGACCUACGUGUUUCGACUCACGGCGCUCGACUCGACGGGUAGCGCUGGCUUUGGCACGAUCUCCAUCACCGUCAACACGCCGCCGACACCAGGCUCCAUGAGCAUCCUGCCGGCUCAAGGGACGGCGAUUUCGGAUCUCUUCACGGUGACAUGCGCGGAUUGGACAGACGCCAACCUACCGCUCACGUACGCAUUCGACUUGGUUGUGAAUGACACGCGUGUCCCGCUCGCUUCCGGCUUGACGCUCCCAAGUACCCAAGUCCGUCUGUACCUUAGCAACGGCGCCGUGACCAAUGCGACGAUGACCGUUAUCGGUCGGGUCACCGACAGCCUUGGCGCCACCUCCAUUAUCUCCGCGACGGCGCUCGUGCUGCAACCAGAAGCGACCAACACGACGUCGUUCUGGUCCACGAUUAGCAACGGCACGCUCAACGACGCAUUGCAAGGCGGCAACUUUAACGAUGCGCUCAACGUACUCGUCUCCACUGCGGCCGUGCUCAAAACGCAGCACGCGUUCGCUGGCGCUUGCAAUGCCACGUCGUGCGGUGCCCACGGUGUAUGCAACGGCACAUGCGUCUGCGAGAAAGGGUACUCGGGCACCGAGUGCAUUGCCGACGCAGCGCUCAACACGCUUGCGAUGGAGAUGCUAGGGUCCCUUCAGUCGGUCGGCUCCACGGUGCAACCCACCGCCACGACGCUGACCCAAAGCGCGCUCGCACUCAGCAGCAUCGUGUCGUUGAAUUCUCGAGCGGCGUCUGUGGACGCGGGUAAUAUCAAGCAGGCGACGGCAGUGUUGACGUCCAUCACAUCGUCUGCGAUUAAGCUCAAGGACCCGUCGUCGUUCGUGUCGUCCUCGGCGCCCAGCGUGCUUUCGGCGACCGUACUAUUGGCCCAAAACUCCGACAAGACAGUCGUGCGCAAUGCAACGUCGGGACGCCGGCUCUCCAUCGCAACGCCAACGAGCUACACCCAGCUGCUCGAAUCGCUUUUCACCAUCGUCGCCAUCAGUAGUGCCGGCUUGCUGCCUGGCCAGGCGCCGGUGGCUCUCUCAUCGUCGACGGCUGCCACGUACUCAGUCCUCAGCGACGUCUUGCCGUUGCCGCUCGGUACGCGCACGACGACAGUGGCACUGACACCAGUGACGGCGAACUGCUUUCUCGACACAUACUUUCUCGACGUUGUGGCGUGGACGACGCCGGUGCGUACGCGAUCCUUGCCGGCGGCAACGCCCGCGUUGCUUCCGUCGAUCGAUAUUGGGGUGCACACGCUCACGUCGUAUGCAUCGGCUCAGUUUCAAGGAAAACCUCUGGGGAUGUCGGCGCUGGACCAAACCGACGCCUGCGUGCUCUACCAGCAAAAGCUUCUCAACACGGACAUGGCGUUGCCACUGGUCAACGUGUCGUUUGCCCACGACGCACUGGCGACGGGCCCGCGCUUUGAGACGGCGUGCUUGUCCUGGAACGCCAGUAUUGAUGCGUACGAUGCAACCGAGUGCGCCAAGGUCAAGAGUUUGAGCUCGGCAACGACUACUACGUGCAGUUGCACGCGCCUCGGCGGCCUUGAAGUCGUCGUUGUUGUGCAGGAAGUGCUCAAUUUCGAGCCGCUCAACCCGACGGUGUAUCGCGACGACUCGUCGUCGAUCGUGCCGGGUGUCUCGCUGGCGCUUCUUUUGGUCCUGUACGCGGUAGGUCUCCGGUGGGGCGUCAAGCGCGACGAAUUGGACAAGGAGGCGCUUCGUCUCCAACGCCUCGGCAAACUCAGCAAAGCCACGUGGAACGACCUCUUGCGCGCCGAGAACGCCAAGAGCGUCGAUGACAUUGCGCCGACCCAUAACCGCGGGUUUGCGCCGGUGACCGACGCGUCGACGACGGUCCAUGCGUUUACUGCAACGUGGCACCCGACGACAGCGCACAUCGCAAUGGACCCCGUCGAGUCGGAAGCGGCUAUCGUCGAUGCCGAGGCCGUGGCACUCGCGUCGAUCGCCGUCAUCACCGAAGUGGCGCUCUUUGGCACGCUGCGGCUUCAGGCCCAGCACGUGCUGAUCCGCCGCUCGCUGCAGGUGCUCAACCUCUUUCUCUUGCUCGUGUCGGCGGUCUUUCUCGCGAUCGGCGUUGAUUUUUACGCGUUUCUCGGCAAUACGACCGCCAAUCCGGUCGUGGCCGUCUUUGGGCCGCCCGUGGGCCUCGGGCUCCUCGGCUUCGGCAUCGCACUCGUCGUCGUCGCUGCCGCGGGUUUGCUGGCCGCCGUGCGCAACACGUCUGCGCGGGCACGGACACUGUACAUGGUGCUGUUGCUGCUUGUGCUGGUCGCCGAAACGGUGAUGCUUGGGAUUGCGUACAAGCAUUUGGAAGACGUCACCGACUUUCCUCGGUCGACGCUGUCGUUUUUAAAGACGCAGUGGGCCGCGCUGAGCGACGACAUGCGCGCGAGUCUGCAGAACGACCUCGGGUGCUGUGGGUUCACGUCCAUCGACGAUGCCCCGGCGCUGCCGUGCCCUGACGCUGCGCUGCUCGCGCCAAUCACGGUUUGCUUCGAUGCCCUCACGACGUCGGCGGUGACGCUCUUUGGUACCCUCUUUUCUGCGCUCGUACUUGUACUCGGCGUGCAAGUCGCGGCGCUCGGCCUCGCUAACGUGCUCGUGCGCUGGGAGGCGAUUCGCAUCGACACCAUGGCCAACGGUGUCGCGUCAAAAGCGACGUUGGUCGACAUUAUCUUGCGCUGCUCGUUGCCCGUGUGCAGCCACUUUGGCGUGUGUGCCAUGGUGUUCGGUGUCGUUGCGGGCCUCGACAUGCUCCUGCAGUGGGAUCUCUUUGCUUUGGCGUCCAUCACGAUAUUUGUGCGGCAAGAACUGGGCAUCCCGAUCACAGUCCUCGCCGCCCUCUACAUCGUCUUGCAUUUGUAUGGCGCCCCCGCGAUCGCACAUCUCCAACGACGUCGUAUGAAGCGCUACAUCGCGUGCCACGUCAUCUUGCUCGUCAUUGGUGUCGCACUCACGAUUGUAUUGGCCACCGUCAGUGACAACCUCGGCGCGUACUCGAACCUCCAAUCGAUUCUACAAACACGCUACCUCGGUCUGUCGGCGCAAGCCAAGCUCGAGCUCGAGACCAACUUGGGCUGCUGCGGCUUCAACGCGACGAGCCAGGGCACGUGUGCGACACCGACGACGGCGCCGCUUUGCGCCGAGCCGCUCACAUUUGCGAUCCGCCAGUUUGCAACGAUCACGCAGGCGCGCCUGACGAGCUACCUUCUCUCCCAGUUUUGCCUCGUCUUCUUGACCGGCCUCUUUCUCACGAUGCAGGCCGAUGCGCCCGAUGGGUCGGCCGCGUCCGUUAGCGUCACGAGCGCCAACGAGUUUACGGAUCCCGUCAACCUCCUUCUACAGCGCAUUUGCACGCAGUUUGUGCUCUUUGCGAGUCUGGUUGUUGCGUUUUGCGGCGCGAUCCUCGUCGGCGUCGGCGUCGACGUCCUCCUUGAGACCAACAUCGUUGCGAUUGCGGCCGUUCUCACGGCCUUUAGCUACUACAUUGGCACGUACGUCUGCCUUCUUGGUCUCCUUCUCUGCGCGGGGAGUGGUCUCGGUCUCUACGCAGGGCUGUCGCAUGCCCGGCGCUGGCUCUGGCGCUUUGGUGCGCUUCUGCUGAGCGCGUGCGUUGCGUGCCUCGCGCUCUUUGCAACAGCGUACCGCGUUCAAAACCCGGUGGCCGCCGGCAGCGUCAACGCCACCAUGUACCGAACGUGGCAGAGCUUUGUGCCCGCGACACGCAAGUUCAUCCAGGACGCCUACAGCUGCUGCGGGUACACGAAACUCGGUGCCUCGACGUUUUCGCUCCCGUACACCGUCUCCGAGUGGCACACCGACCCCGUGUCGGGCGCAACGACGACGACGACGACCACGUCGUGCCCGGCCAGCGCCGUCGACGGCUGCGGUCCGUACAUGCUCCAGACACUUCAAAACACCGCGCGCGCCGGCGUCUCGGGAACGGUGUUUUUAGCCACCGUGCUCUUUCUCUUGUUUGUGGCGACCACCGUCCUCUACUACCGCCAGGGCCGGAAGCGCGCGGUGACGUGGCGCGUCCUCGUGCUCCAAUUCGUAUUUUUGGUCGUGGCGACCGGUGUCGGCCUCGCGCUUCUGGGGCUGGCGCUUCUGGGCAUCGACGUGGCCGCUGGCACGACGGUGUUUACGUCGAACGUCGUGCAAGUGCUCUUUGGCGCCCGCAUCGGCGGCGCAGUCGUUGCGUCCGUCACGAUCGGCCUUGCGUUGACGUCGUACGGUGUAUACGGCGCCAUCAACAAGACGCUUCACAUCUUUGUCAUGUACCUCAGCCUGGCGCUCGUGCUCGGUACGGUCGCGUGGAGCUGCACCGGCGUCGUCGCCACGUCGACAGUCAACGAGCAGUGGCAACACACCCUGGACGCCUACUUGGACAAUAUUUGGUCGAGUCUGAGCCCAGACGAUUGGCUCUUCCUCGGGUCGAGCCGCAACUGCUGCGGGUACCACGAUCCCGUGACCCUGCCGUCUGGAAAGCUGCAAUUCGAUCGCGCCAUCUCGUCGGGGUCGAACCUGGCGUGUCCACCACUGGUGACGACCGGGUGCCGGACACCGUUGCUGUUGGAUGCCUCGUCGCUUCUCAACCAGCUCUACAAGCUGCUCGCGGCGUACGCGACGCUACAGACGCUUCUCUGGCUCGUUGGCGCCGCGCUCCUCCAUGGUCUCGUGCUACUGCAUCCGGGCACGUGGGUCGCGCUGCGGAAGAAGAUGCGACUCUGGGUCGCCAAGUACAAGGACGACGUGACGACAACGCACCUCGUCGUCUCGCUCUACUACGCGUACGACGCCAAGUUUACCCGUGCUCAACGUCUCACGUGUGUGCUCUGCGCCGUUGCUGCGGUGGCGGUCGUCGACGCGGCUGUAUCGAGCCGCCACGGAUGCACGCGCGACGGCCCCGUCCAGUGCGAAUCCUUUACGGCUGGGCAACUCGUGGGCUACGGACUUGUCUACUCGCUCGUGAGUCUCUCUGUGCAGCUGUGCUUUGCAGCACUCUUUCGGCACGUCAAACAUCGCCAGGACGACGACGACGGCGCCAAAGUCGCCGAGCGCCGGCGCAAGGAAAAAGUCUACCUCCGCGAAGUCCUGCACCACAGCAUCCAGGCGAUUGCCGCCAAGCUCGGCCAGUUUGCCAUGGCAACGUCCGAAGAACGCUUCUACAGCUGGCUUGCGGGCCACGUGGGUAGGACGACCAUGGUACUCGGCUGGCUUCGAUUGCUUUUGGCGGUGGCCAUUGGCGUGUACAUGGGUCUGAGUCAGCUCGGGCUCGGGUUUUACAUUUACAGCGUUCCUGUUCCGGGCGCCUGGGGCUUUGCGACAGUGCCAUGCACACUCGUGGCCACGACGCUGGUCGUCGCUCUCAGUGGCCUCUUGAAGCGGCGCAAGCGCUUUGCGCGCCCUGCGUACGUGAUGUACCUCGUCGCGGCGGGUGCGAGUCUCCUCCUCAUUGGCUUCCUCGCGACGGUCAUUUUCAUGAUCGUGCAAGCCAUGGAAGAACCAACCGAGCCGCCCAACUGGACCCAGCGCAACGCGAACUUUAGUGUUGUCGCCAGCAUCAAGACCAUCUGGCGCAACGACACCGUCGGGUACAGCCGACGGCUGUGGCAGUCGCAACUGCAGUGCUGCGGCCUUCCCGAGUUUCCGCUACGACCGUGUCCCAUGGGUUCGACUGAGCUCCAGAACGUCACAGCGCAGCGCGUCGACGGCUCGACAGUGGUCAAAACGGUCACGAUUGUGCACGACCUCGGCGGGUGUCUCGACCCCAUCCUCGCACAGAUCCAGGGUGUCGCGCAGACCAUCAUCGGCCUCUUGAUUGCCUUGGCGUUCUUGGAGCUCUUUUACGCCGCGUGCGCCUACUUUUUAGCCCGCGAUCUCGUCAUCUCGUGGGACUCGCAGCUACGUCGCGCCUCCAUGCAGCCCAAGCUCGAGAGCAAUGCUGCCCCACUUCUCCAUGAUGAAGCGCCCGCGUCCAAGACCGCGCCACCGCAGCGAGGUCGGAUGCUGUCGAAUCUUGUGCAAACCAGCAUCAACAACGUGAGCAAGUCCGUGGCGCAGCUCUUGUCCAAGACGAACGCAUCGCCCGCGACGCGGCCGAAACCUUCGUCCGCGGCGCGCCUCGCACUUCUCAAACUCCAGUUGCGACUGCGGUACCCCGCAUGGAUUCCACGCCUCAUCUUUGGUGUCGCAAUCCUCUUUGUCGGUGGCGCCUUUGCAGGCACGAUCCUGCUCUGCCUUGCACUGGCCAAUGAUGGCGCGUGGCUCUGGCUUGGCGCGGCGCUCAUCUCGCUCUUCCUGCACCUCGUUGUCGUCGAACCCAGUGUGCUCUUCGCGUACGUUGUGUCUCAAACACUCUCGUCGUGGUGGAAGUCGUCGUGGAUGGCAAUGCUAAUUGGCGUCGGCCGCGCCAUCUUGCACCUCGACGACGCGACGAGCUCGGACGCGCGGACGACCGCGCUCCUGGAUCCGUUCACGCGCAUUCGACACAAUGCGGCGGUUGUCAUCCAGCGCCGGUGGGUCGCCAAGCUCUGUCGCAUGCGAUACCUCAUCAUCCUGCGCGUGGCGCGCGAGAACCAACACAAGUCGUCGAUCGAGGCGCGGCUGCGAACCAUCAAAGCAGCCGUGAGCAGCUUCACGCGCGAAGAGACCGAGGCGUUCACGAUGCUUUUCGCGAUGCCGACUACGCCAAGACGGGCCUCGUGUCCUACAAGGUGGUCUCGCACGCCGUGCACGCCCUCGGUGUGCAAGUGCCUGCGGCCGUCGUCAAGGAAUACCUCGUGAGUCUGGACCCGGGUUUUGUCGAACUCAUCGACAUUGACUACUUCUUGUACGCCAUGUCGUGCAUUCGCGGGUACCACCAGGCGCAGCAAGAAGCCAAUGCGACGGAUGAUGUGAUUGUGAUUCCGCACGCGUCGUCCCCCGAGGGGAAAUUCCAAGUCAAGCGCCAAAACAUUUUGCGGGAGCUCAAGGAAAAACGCGAGUCGGUCUCCAAGCACCUCAUGACGAAGGUCGGAAAACUCGCGGCCCAGCUGCACAAGCACGGCGAAAGCCCCAAGGAAGACGAGGACCCGAAACCCUCUGGCGCGUACAUUUUGCUCCACUCGAAAAUGGGCCAUCGGCCCGCGAGUGCGACGCCACGAGGAGGACCGUUACCAGCAACAGCAGCCGCGGCGGCGCCGGAGGCCGUUCAGGAACGCAGUGCAGAAGCCGUCGUCGCCCGACCCGACACGCGAGGCCAACUUUCGGUACGCGCUACCAAGGACAUUGAGAAGGCGAUGAAGGCCCUGAAAAACAAGCAAGACGGUAAAAAGCGCCGCAAGUAGACAGAGCUAACUAUCUCCACUUCAAUCUACAUGUAAAUACGGU